AACUUGAAGAAAAGGAGCUAACCAUGGGACGACAUUCAAGAUUCCUCUCUGGAAAGGGUUGCUGAUGUCUCACUCUUCUAUUUGGGUGAUGUGUAUCUGCUCAUCUGACUGUCUUCAUAUCUAAAGGAUUUAUUUUACUUUUGGAAGUACUUCAAGUCGAAAUUUUUGUUCCUUUUUGGAAACUGUUUCCUCAUUCUAAGGACUGUAUACAUCAUGGGUGACAUGGCUAACAACUCAGUUGCAUACAGUGGUGUAAAAAACUCUGUAAAAGAAUCUAAUCAUGGAGAUUUUGGAAUCUCACUUGAAGAGCUCCGUGCCCUUAUGGAACUGCGAUCUACAGAUGCAGUGCAUAAAAUACAAGAAUGUUAUGGAGAUGUCUAUGCUAUCUGUACAAGAUUGAAAACUUCACCAAAUGAAGGUCUAAGUGGAAAUCCAGCCGAUAUAGAGAGAAGAGAAGCAGUGUUUGGGAAGAACUUUAUACCUCCUAAAAAGCCAAAAACAUUUCUUCAGUUAGUAUGGGAAGCACUACAGGAUGUUACCCUAAUUAUAUUAGAAAUUGCAGCCAUAAUAUCAUUGGGCCUUUCUUUUUACCAGCCUCCAGGAGGGAACGAAGCAGCAUGUGGAGCAGUGACUGUUGGUGAAGAAGAGGAGGAAGGUGAAACGGGUUGGAUUGAAGGAGCUGCAAUCCUUUUAUCUGUCGUUUGUGUGGUAUUGGUAACCGCUUUCAAUGACUGGAGUAAAGAGAAACAAUUUAGGGGGCUGCAGAGCCGCAUUGAACAAGAACAGAAGUUCACUGUCAUCAGGGGUGGACAAGUCAUCCAGAUACCAGUAGCCGACAUAAUUGUUGGGGAUAUUGCGCAAGUAAAAUAUGGUGAUCUUCUGCCAGCUGAUGGUGUACUUAUUCAAGGAAAUGACCUUAAAAUUGAUGAAAGCUCAUUGACUGGAGAAUCAGAUCAGGUUAAAAAGACUUUGGAUAAAGAUCCUAUGCUGCUGUCAGGUACCCAUGUGAUGGAAGGCUCUGGAAGAAUGGUAGUUACUGCUGUAGGUGUGAACUCUCAAACUGGAAUUAUAUUUACCUUACUUGGAGCUGGAGGAGAUGAUGAAGAGAAAGAGAAGGAGAAAAAGGACAAGAAAAGUAAAAAACAAGAUGGAGCUGUUGAGAACCGCAACAAAGCCAAAGCUCAAGAUGGUGCAGCCAUGGAAAUGCAGCCCUUGAAGAGUGAAGAUGGUGGAGAUGGCGAUGAGAAAGACAAGAAGAGAGCAAACAUGCCAAAGAAAGAAAAAUCAGUUCUACAAGGCAAACUUACAAAGCUAGCAGUUCAGAUUGGCAAAGCAGGUUUGUUGAUGUCUGCAAUCACAGUCAUUAUCCUUAUCUUGUAUUUUGUAAUUGAUACCUUCUGGGUUCAGAAGCGACCUUGGCUUGCUGAAUGCACACCAAUUUAUAUUCAAUACUUUGUGAAGUUCUUCAUUAUUGGAGUUACAGUCCUGGUGGUGGCGGUACCAGAAGGUCUUCCACUUGCAGUCACUAUUUCACUGGCUUACUCUGUAAAGAAAAUGAUGAAAGAUAAUAAUUUGGUGAGACACCUGGAUGCUUGUGAAACAAUGGGCAAUGCAACAGCCAUUUGCUCAGAUAAAACUGGAACAUUGACCAUGAACAGAAUGACAGUGGUGCAGGCUUUUGUCAGUGAAAAACAUUAUAAAAAAAUUCCAGAACCAGAUGCUAUUCCUGAGAAAACUCUGGCUCAUCUUGUAACAGGAAUUUCUGUUAAUUGUGCUUAUACUUCCAAAAUACUGCCUCCUGAAAAAGAAGGUGGCCUACCACGUCAUGUUGGUAAUAAAACAGAAUGUGCCUUGCUAGGAUUGCUUCUGGAUUUAAAACGAGAUUAUCAGGAUGUAAGAAAUGAAAUACCAGAAGAGGCACUGUACAAAGUAUACACCUUCAACUCAGUCAGAAAAUCAAUGAGUACGGUGUUAAAAAAUUCUGAUGGCAGUUUUCGGAUAUUCAGCAAGGGUGCCUCUGAGAUAGUUCUUAAAAAGUGCUUCAAAAUAUUGAGUGCUAAUGGUGAACCAAAGGCAUUCAGACCUAGGGACCGUGAUGAUAUUAUAAAAACUGUGAUUGAACCUAUGGCCUCUGAGGGACUCAGAACUAUAUGUCUAGCAUUCAGAGACUUCCCAGCAGGAGAACCUGAGCCAGAGUGGGACAAUGAAAAUGAUAUUGUCACUGGUCUUACAUGCAUUGCUGUUGUAGGGAUUGAAGAUCCUGUGAGGCCUGAGGUACCAGAUGCAAUAAAAAAAUGCCAGCGUGCUGGUAUAACUGUGCGUAUGGUCACUGGUGAUAACAUUAACACUGCUCGUGCUAUUGCUUCAAAAUGUGGCAUUUUGAAUCCUGGUGAAGACUUCAUAUGCCUAGAGGGGAAAGACUUCAACAGACGAAUACGUAAUGAAAAAGGAGAGAUAGAGCAAGAGCGAAUAGAUAAGAUUUGGCCAAAGCUUCGUGUGCUUGCAAGAUCUUCACCCACUGAUAAACACACAUUGGUAAAAGGUAUAAUUGACAGCACUGUCUCAGAGCAGAGACAAGUUGUAGCUGUAACUGGAGAUGGCACUAAUGAUGGUCCAGCAUUGAAGAAAGCAGAUGUUGGCUUUGCCAUGGGUAUUGCUGGAACAGAUGUAGCUAAAGAAGCUUCUGAUAUUAUUCUCACAGAUGAUAACUUCACAAGCAUUGUUAAAGCAGUUAUGUGGGGACGAAAUGUUUAUGACAGUAUCUCCAAAUUUCUUCAGUUCCAGCUUACUGUCAAUGUCGUAGCAGUAAUUGUUGCUUUCACAGGAGCAUGUAUUACACAAGAUUCUCCACUUAAAGCUGUGCAGAUGUUGUGGGUAAAUCUCAUAAUGGACACAUUAGCAUCUCUUGCUCUGGCAACGGAACCACCUACUGAAUCUCUCUUGCUGCGGAAACCUUAUGGUAGAAAUAAACCUCUGAUCUCUCGCACGAUGAUGAAGAAUAUUUUGGGUCAUGCAGUCUAUCAACUUGUGGUAGUCUUUACACUCCUGUUUGCUGGUGAGAAAAUUUUUGAUAUUGAUAGUGGAAGAAAUGCACCUCUGCAUGCUCCUCCUUCAGAGCAUUACACUAUUGUUUUUAAUACAUUUGUGAUGAUGCAACUUUUUAAUGAAAUCAAUGCCCGGAAAAUCCAUGGUGAAAGAAAUGUUUUUGAAGGAAUCUUCAACAAUGCCAUCUUCUGUAUUAUUGUUCUGGGCACGUUUAUUGUGCAGAUAAUUAUUGUACAGUUUGGUGGGAAACCUUUCAGUUGUUCAGAACUUACAAUAGAACAUUGGCUAUGGUCCAUUUUCCUGGGAAUGGGAACACUACUCUGGGGCCAGCUGAUCUCAACAAUUCCAACCAGCCGUUUGAAAUUCCUUAAAGAAGCUGGGCAUGGAACACAGAAGGAGGAGAUUCCCGAAGAAGAGUUUUCAGAAGAUGUAGAAGAGAUUGAUCAUGCUGAAAGAGAACUGCGUCGUGGUCAGAUCUUGUGGUUUAGGGGCCUGAACAGGAUACAAACUCAGAUCCGAGUGGUGAAUGCAUUUCGUAGUUCCUUAUAUGAAGGAUUAGAAAAACCUGAGACACGAAGUUCAAUUCACAAUUUUAUGACGCAUCCUGAGUUUAGAAUAGAAGAUUCUGAGCCUCAUAUUCCCCUUAUUGAUGAUACUGAUGCUGAAGAUGAUGCUCCAACAAAACGCAACUCCACUCCUCCCCCUUCUCCCAACAAAAAUAACAAUGCGGUUGACAGUGGAAUUCACCUUACAACAGACAUGAACAAGUCUGCUACCUCUUCAUCCCCAGGGAGCCCACUACAUAGUUUGGAAACAUCACUCUGAUUGUAAGCUGAAUGUUAACACACUAGCUGCAUUGUAAAGAAACAAAUUGAAACUGGGUCUUUUCACACAUUGUGAUGGACAAGAUAGUAGUCUUGUCCUGGACUUCAACAGAAGACACACUUGUACGAAUGUAGAUUUAUUUUUUUAAAAAAGCUUUCUGCCAGACUUGAGGGUGCUUUUUGGGGGGCGGGGAUAAUAAUGAACUCUGACAGAUAAACGGUAACUCGGCAUAAGUGACCUGCGGAUCAUCAGUUGUACUGAUGAUGGUCCUGAACAGUGUGUUAGAACUUUAGUUUAUCUUGAUCCUUUUGAGGGGAGGGCUGGGAAGGGCAAAGAAGCCCUGGAUCAUUGAAUUGAUACUUAAAUUUCUGCUGUUGGCUGUUAAUAAUUUGGAUUAUUUAUGUUUAUAAAUGAUACAGAUCUGUUUACAAGGUUUGUAGAUACUUUUUUGUUCCUGUUCUUAGAUGGGAAGCUUCCUUAUAAAUGAUGCAGAGAAAAAAAUUAGUCCUUCAAAUACUGCUGUAUUUUCAGGAAAAGGGUGUUUCUAUUGAAACUGUACUAAAUUUUGCCUGCAAUUUACUUUGUUAAAUAUUGUAGAUAAAUUGCUAAUACUAAUAGCCAAAUAGAUAACACUAAUGCUUUGUAAAAACAUGAGCAGUGGUGUUCUAAUGAAGUUAUGGCCUCUGUCCUAAUUAGUUUCUUAAAUACAUUUACUACUUAAUGGUUUUGAAACAACUGUUUAAUUUUUAAAAAUUUUGAGAAACUUACUGAAUAACUUUUUUUUGUUCAGAAUUUAGUAGAGGAUUGUUUAAUGCGGGACAUCAAUAUGUGAUGGAACUUGCUUGAAAUACUUUUGUUAUCUCAGGCAAAAUGGAUUAAAUCAAAAUACAUCAGAACCUUAGUCCUUUUUGUUUUUGUCUAAACAUGUUAGCAUAGUGCUGUCUUGGUGAAUUGUGAGUGGAACUGUGUUGAUUUUUCUAAUAUAUAGAAUCCUUCAUACAGCAUGAGGGCUGUUGGCAUUUUGAAAGGUUGUUAGUAGGUAGCAUACCUGUUUUCCUUUUUGUUUUUGGAAUUUGUUUGUAAACAUGAAUAAAUCUGCCCUUUUAUUAAAAUAAAUAUGCAGCGAUGGUUUUUUACAGAUUUUUCUCAGCUUCAUUGGAACCCUUAAAAAGGUAGACUGCUUUAUAUUGCUAGUAAAAAUUAAACUACAAUUUCAAGAUGGUAACAGCCCCAUUUAAAAAGCACUUUUAUAAAUCAGAUGUUGGUGAUGGCCCUACAGAAUGGAUGUAACUUAAGGCACCCAAAAAAAUCUUCAUUGAGUCAAAUACUUCUGGGUGACUGUGGCUGAAAAAUUAUCUCAGGGUGAAAAGACGUAAUGUGAAUAGUAAAUGUCUUUUUUCAUUUAUAUAACUUACUGUAUUAAACCCUUCAAAAUCUGAAUAAAAUCAGGUUAGCUCACAUGGGGUAGCUGACAAGUUGUUUGCAUGUUCUUAGUUAAGCAGUAGUUUUUGGCACCAAAAAAUGACCUGCUAGCCACUGGGUGAGUAAGAGUCACAUUGUCUCCACCAAUUGGAUUAUUGUUCUACCAAACAUUCCCCCACUCCAGAAUCCCAUUCUUCCAUAGCUUUCCUCUUCUGCAUGUAACUUUUUCACCUUUACCUGUCUCCUAGUUUUGUUUUUAGCCAGUGGAACUAAUUCUGGGUGAGUGUCCUGAUAUUCACUAGCUCAGAUAAGUAGUCCAGAUAUAGACAUGGUUGACAAGGGGAGACCGCCUACAUCCCUAAAGAUAGUGUUUUCCUUUGAGCUAUGGUAGCAGGUACCAUCAGGGUUCAAACUAUUAAAUCAGUUUUGUGAGCUGUUGUAGAUUUUUCAUAAGUGCUGCACUAGCCACACAAGGGAUCCUGGUGUAUGUCUGAACCUGAAGGUAGACACCAGUUGCCCACAUAGUAGAGGAGUGCAUAAACUAAACUACUUGAAGGAAUCAGGCUAGUAAUGACAGGAAAGAGGGGAAAAAAAUCUAAAAGCUCAGGAUGCACAAGAAAUUGGGUUAAAAGGCAUUACUAUUAGAGUGAGAAGACUGCUCUCUCUUAUGGGUGUGAUCUAUAUAAACUCUCUGGAGUUCUUGGGAAAACAAUGAAAAUAUUGAUUGUUAAAACUGAAAAAAAAAUUAGUGGGGGCAAUCUUCUUGGGGUUUCAAGCACUGUAUCCCACUGUCAACCAUUCUUUAAGCCGUCCAAGAUAUAUUUUUUUUCUGUUAUGCCCAUAGACUUGAAAAGAAGGAGGCUUCCUUUCUAGGCACAGGAUAUUUGUAUUUAACACUUUUAUAUGACUUCUCCCAAAGCAUCUUAGAAUACUCGAUGUAACUGGAAAAAAAUAUAAGUUAGGAACUAGGUAGAGUUCUGACUUCAAAUAGGCUCAGAUGUUCUCCCUACCUAGUUCAGAAUAACUUCCUCAAUAAAUGAUAGAUUAAAAUGGAAGGAAGCUGUUUAAGUCUUUUCUUAAAAUGACCCUGCCCGGUGCAAUUGAAAUUGCAUGCUAACUUUUACCUUAAUUUAAAAUUAAAACUCUCCCCCCUCCCUCCCCCCCCCCGUCCUAAUAGUGGUCAUGAUUCCAUUAUACUUUAAAAAAAAACUGAAUUAUACACUUAAGCAGUUGGGGGAAACCUAAAAAUGUGUAGGCUUUGUGCACAAAUGAUUCCUUCUGAUCAUGUUGACAUGCAGUACAUUGACUUUGCCUCAUAGCAAGUGUAAGUGAAACCUGAAAUUAGGAAUACUUGUUUAAAAAGGGAAAUGCUUUCUUUCUUGUUGUGAUCUCAACAAACCAUGACAUGUUGUUGUUAAGCUUAUACAAAUAAUUAUCACUUUUAGCUGCUGAGCCCUUGAUUACCUUUCUGGUUGUAAGGUUUACUUGUCUUGCUCAUUGUAACACAAAUAAAUAAAUGUGCUGUUCAUCUCCAGUCUGAUUGGGGACUGAUUUGAAUGUAAUGCAGUACAGUUUAAGAUUUUGGAAAUGGAUAGUUAAUGCUACUACUGUAAUCACUUUGCUCCUGAAAUGUUACAACUUAUCUCAAUACUGAGUUUGUUACAUGCUGUAAAAUGUGUACUGUACUAUGAUCAUGCAACAUUGACUUUUUCUAUUUGUACUGAAUUAGCAUUUUAGCCAGAAGAAUGGUUUAAUAUAAAUCUUGUUUACAAAAUAGUGGUUAAUUAUAUCAAAUAUCAGUCAUUGUAAAU